AGGGACGGAAACGGAAAGAUAAACCGGGGGCGGGGAAGCGUUUAGGCCUCGGCUGCGGCUACCCCGUCCGUCCCGGCUCCCCUAUAAACUCCGAUCCCCGAGAGUCCCCGACGCGACAUCCGCCCGCCGACGCCACCACAUCACGAGCGCCGUCACACACCACCCACCUGCCCUGGCCCGUGCGUCUUCCCCUCUCUGGCUACGAAGCCAUGGUGAAGAAGGCCCCCAAUCCGGACGCCAAGGGGAAGGGCGCCGCGUCCGCCUCUGCGCCGCUGCUGGCGGCGCCGCCGCCCAAGCCCAGUCCUGGAUCGGUCAAGUCCAGGAAGAAGAUGUUUAAGAAGAAGAAGGCCCCGGCCGACCAGGAGAAGCAGAAGGUGACUGACGCCGCUAAAGUCGCCGAGAAGAAGGGCGAUGAUGAGAAGAUGGUCGCCGAGAAGAACAGCGAGGGCAGUAAGACUGCCACCAGUAAGAACAACGGCGAUGGCAGUAAGACUGCCACCGAUAAGAACGAUGGUGCUGAAAAGAAGGUGGUCACUGCGAAUAACGGCGCUGUCAGGAGGCCGAAGGAGGAAGGAAGGGGUAGGAUGAAUGGCAGGGGGGAGGAGAGGAAGGAAGAUAAAAGGGGGGCGGACGAGAGUGGUGCUGCUGGGUUUAUCUUCAUGUGCAACGCAAAGACAAAGCCGGAGUGCUUCAAGAAUGGCGUGUUUGGCUUGCCCAAGGGGAAGAUAGAUGUGGUGAAGAAGGUCCAUCUAGGGUCCAAGUUGUUCCUGUAUGACUUUGACCUGAAGCUUCUCUACGGGGUGUACAAGGCAACAGGAAAAGGAGGGAUGGAUCUCGUUCGACGGGCGUUCGAUGGGAGAUUCCCUGCGCAGGUCAAGUUUAAGAUCGACAAAGAUUGUCUUCCUCUUCCUGAGAGUAGUUUCAAGCAUGCCAUUGAAGAGAAUUACGAUGCCAAAGGAAGAUUCACCCAAGAGCUUAGCUCCAGACAAGUUCGUAAGCUAAUGGCACUGUACAAGCCUGUUAAUCUGCGUCGCUCAUCUUCGCAACAUGUUGAGGAAAUUCGUCAAACGCCUUGUGUUGAAGGGCGUAUGCCUCAGUAUGUUCAAGAAAGGCGACAACCACAUGAUUAUGAAGAAAGGCGACUAUCUCGACAUGAUGAAGAAAUGCAACGCUCACGAUUUGUUGAAGAUGGGAGACUAACCUAUGGUUAUGAUGAAAGACAGCCACCACACCAUGUUAAAGAAAUUCGACGCCCACAAUUUGUUGAAGAAGUUCGUGCACCUACUCAUUUGCCGGUGUCAUAUGUACCUCCAUACUAUCACCGUGUUCCUCCUGCUUCUAGUGAUGUGUACAAUCCACAUCCGGCCAACAUUCUUUAUGAAAGUUCUGCUCCGAGAGCUUCAUUUGACGCAACCAAUAGGGAUCCACUCCUUUCCAGAGAUUACAGAGCGCUGCCAGCAGAGGUCGCCCCACGCCCAGACCGUGUGGAUGAGCUCUACCAUUCUUAUAUACUUGCCAAUCGUCCAGAGGGCCUCCAUCAGGAUCCCUACCUGACAACUGCCUAUGAGAAUCCCAGACCUACUUACCCAGAAAGCAUUCAGAUGCCCGCUUCUACAAGGGUGCCGGUGUCUCAGUACCUGACAACUGCCUAUGAGAACUCCAGGCCUGCUUACCCAGAAAGCAUUCAAAUGCCCGCUUCUACAAGGGUUCCGGUGUCUUCUCUUUAUUCCUUUGCUGGUGCUCCAGCAUAUAGAUGAUCACCCCAGUGCUUGCACUGAAAAAUUGGUCUCAUCAUUGGUGGUUGCUGUAGUUAGUGUCUUCUGGUACUGCAGUUUAUUGAACCUUCUUCCGGUCGGUUUAAAUAAAAUGUUGUACUGGAACCUGUGUUCUGUCUGAACCGUUGUUAAAAGUGACGCUUUUGUGCGCUUAAAAAUGUUAUCCCAGAAAGUGCUGCAGAGGUCUUGCAAAUAUGAUCUGUUGUGUUUGUUUU